CUGAGGCAUCGCAACCCGCCUUAUAAACCCUAUUUCCUUUUUCCCCCGAGUGGCUUUGACAGUGUCUCCUUUUCACCCGCAAGUCGUCUUCUUCCUCCUCCUCUCAAUAGGUCGUGAACCAGAAGAAACGCAAAGAUGUCUGAGAAGAAGAUGAAUUCCAGCCGCAGGCAUCACCUGAAGAGUCUGAUCCUGCAGAUUGCUCAGAAGUGGCUGGAUCAGGAGAAGGCCGAAGACGUGGCGGCCAAAGAGGCCUACAUGGCCGAAAACUGCCCCCCUCCCCCGAUGAGUGGAGACCAGAACACUCUGAUGGAAUACUGCAAGAAGCUUCACGCCAUGAUUGAUAAGAUCGACGAGGAGCGGUACGACAUCGAGUCCAAAGUGCAGAAAGCAGACAAAGAGAUCCAGGACCUGAACAUCAAGGUGGUGGACCUGAGGGGGGUAAAGAAGCCGGCCCUGAAGAAGGUGCGCAUGUCAGCUGACACCAUGCUGAAGGCCCUGCUGGGCUCCAAGCACACGGUCAACAUGGACCUGAGGGCCAACCUGAAGCAGGUCAAGAAGGAGGUCAAGGAGGAGCCGACAGAAGCCGCUGGGGACUGGAGGAAAAACAUCGAGGACAAGGCUGACAGGAAGAAGAUGUUCGAGACCUCCUAGGAACCGCCUACUUCCUGUUUACGUUUACGUAGGAGUCACUCUGCCUUAGAGGACUUCAGUUUGUUUCACUCUUUGUUUGUCUGGAGGGGGGUGGGUCACACAACAACAACAGCAGCAGCAGCAGGCGUCUCAGUCACACGUUCAGGGAAACAUUCACAUGCAUGAAGCGUGUCGAAGAAUCAAUAAAGUCACUGGAUGUUGAAGGAUA